CUCGGGGAGGCUCUCGACCGCUUCGUCCUCGUCCUGCUUUCACCGAGCUCUUUCUCUGGUGGUUCUUCAGCGAGGAUGGAAACCUGGCGUCUGGCGCUCAUCCUCACAGCUAUCUCGCUUUCGCAUCCAAGGACGGGCGCUCUGGAAAAGCUGGCCGAGCCGGAUCUGACGGGCCCGUCUUCUGCUUUAGCCGGCUCGGUGGUGGAAUUCUACUGUGAGCUUCCCGGGAAGCCAGUCAACCUGUCCGUCCAGUACGAGCUUUACGUCGAGUCGGACCCGGGUAGGUUGAUCGGAGAGUACUCCUCGCUGUCCGAAAAUCCCGCCACUUUUUUUCAUGUCAUCACGCAAAAACACGACGGCCGGAUCAUCUGUAAGGUCAGCGGACACAACAACACGGACAUCGAGAGCUCGUUCAGCAAGGGACUGGACUUCAGGGUCAUCGUUCCAGUGGAGCUGGAGAGCAUCCUUUCUCGUCUUUCUCUUUGGAGCGUGUGGGAAGGACAGACUUUGACGCUCCAGUGCAAGAAAAGCAGAGGAACGUACGUCUCGUACGACUGGUUCUGGAACGACGCUCCGGUUCGGACGCCGUACGACAGGAAUGAAGACACUCUGACCAUCCACAGGGUCUCUGAGCAAAACGCAGGCGAUUAUAAAUGUGUGGCGUCCAACCACAACGAUACGGCCACCUUCACGUCCAGCGCUAACCUGACCGUCCACAUCAAAGCACCGAACACCGUCCCUCCGUCGGUUGUGAUCGUCGUCUUCAGCUCUUUCGCUCUGCUGAGCGCCGCCGUGAUUUCCUGCUGCGUUUACGGAGUCGUUCUGCGGAGAAGAUAUUCAAGAAAAUACCCUGAACGACCCGGAAAAACGAGACCGGACGAAGAAGAAGAGGAGAAGGAAGAUUAUCUAGAGAUGCUGGAGGAUUUCGAGGAAGACGUCGUCCAAGCCGACAGACUGAGCGACUCUGGGGAUGAAGAGCGGUCCGUGGAUGAAACCGUCCAGUACGAAGGCGGCGUUUCAGAAUAAUUCUUGGGGGUUUUAAUCAGAUUCGCUGAAACUGAAAGCGUCUGCUCCCCUUCCCUCAGGCCGGCCGUUGUAUGUUAUUCUGUUCAGACAAAGGUUUAUUCAAAACCAAACAAUAGACAAGCGCUCAUGGGUUGACGUGACUGCGACCAAUCAGAAGAAAGACGGCCAACAAUGUGUCCACUGUCAGAUUCAUGUCAAAUAAGAGCAUGUUUGUACCUACUUCGCUGUAUAUUUGUACCUGGAAGUGAGCUAAACCUCUAAAACCUCUUUUAGCAUGCCUUCAUUUGUGAAAAGUCAAUAAAAAAUG